AUGGCAUGUGACGUUGAGAUCGUUCCAUACACUUAUGAUUUUGUUGCCGAAGAAGUAUUCUGUUACGUUGUCAUUCGUGUUGAAUUCGCGCAGCUUGCUAUCAAGAUCAUUUGGGGUCAGCCAAGUUUCAACAACAGAAAAUAUUUCAGGUCAGGAUUUAUAAAAUUUAAAAGGUCAGGAUUUAUAGUAGUUGGUGAUGAUCUGAAAAUUUUUGAAGUAGCUUCUAAAAUCAUCAGCUCAUCAGCUGCCGAGGGUUACACAGAUCUUAGAAUUACGAAAACAGCGGAAAUUCCUCAACAGUCAAAUCCUGGCCAAUCAGUGGUCUUGGUACGUACCAUAUCGCUAGAUAAAGAGAUCAGAGGGGUGACAGCAAUACGCAACCAGCUAUUUGUCGUCACAGCGAACAGUCCAUUAUUAUAUUCAUUCAACAUCGACACGUACGACUUGAUCACCACUUUUAAUGUUAAAGAUGUUAAAAAUCCUUUUGAUCUUGUCUCGAAUGGUUCCGAUGUUUUAUUCAUAUCCGAAUGGUCCAUGCUAAAUAUUCACAGAGUAGAAUUUCCUUCCAAAAAAGUUUCGCACAUCACAACAAGCAAUCCCUACAGCACACUUUCCAUUAAUUACAACAACAACAGCCUUCUGGCUGUCAGUAAAAACAAAAACAAAAUAUCCGAAUAUAAAAUGUUUGGUUCUAAAAAGAAAAUAAAGUCAGUAUUACUCAAUAUCAACUCGUCAGCUCCCUAUGGAAAAAGCAGUCAUUAUGGGAGUGUUGCGCAUGCAAUAAACCUGACAUAUAAUUCAGAGGUUUGCGAAGAUAGCAAGUAUUUGGUCUGCAGCACAGAUAAUCAUUUGCACAUAGUCGAUAGGAAAGGUUCCAUCCAGUGGUCCUACAACAGUCACGUCAAGCAUGUUAAACUGAGUAAAUCCGACGUUGAUGAUGAAGGUAAAUAUAACAAAAGUUAUUUAUCAUCACCACCACAAACUAAAUCUUCUUCCUCUUCAUCAUCUUCUUCGUCAUCAAAUUUUACAAAAGAUCUUUUAGAAACAAAAAGUAACAAAAGCAACAAUACUUCCAAUAAUGACGAUAACAAAAUUGAUAACCUAAUUGAUAAUAAUAAUUUAGAUGGGAAUCGGAAAUUAAUUAGUCACUGUCUGAACAAGCCAAGCCACUUAACAACCGAUAAAAACGGAUUCAUUUUGGUUUGUGAUAGUGGAAAUGACAGAGUCCUUCUUUUAAAUAAAUGUUUAGAAUUCGUGCGUGAAUUAAUUGAGCCAGGAAUAAAUGGUAUGAAGAACCCUCUACGAAUAUUUUUGGAUGAUGCCAGAUCGAGGUUGUACGUCGUUGCUGGAGAUCUCUUUGUGUAUCAAUUAAUUUAUUGA